CAGCCGCAAAUGAUAGCAGAGAAGCAGAGCAGCUCACCUCCUGGCGGAACCACAGACAGAACCAGCACAUCUGGCACAUCUGGCAAACAGCACGGACAUGGAUCGAGCAGAACAGAUCACUCAGCUGGAAGCUGACUUGGAGGAGCUGGGCUCCCUCUUGAAACAGGCCGAAAGGAAAAGAGUCCAGGAAGUCUUAAAACAGGAGCAGAAAAAGGUGGAGAAAGAGCUUGCAACCAAACGGCAACAGCAGGAGCAGCAGGCCAGGAGAGAGGCAGACCCGGCCGCAGCAUCUAAAGCCGCAUACACAGUGAAGAUCACCAGCUACGCGUGGGACCAGUCUGAGAAAUUUGUCAAAAUUUACAUCGCUUUGAAAAACGUGCACAAAAUUCCAUCAGAAAAUGUGGAGGUCAGCUUUACAGAGAGGUCAUUUUCUGUCCUGGUUAAGGAUCUAGAGGGCAAGAAUCAUCAGAUGACGAUUCUCAAUCUGUUACAACCAAUUGAUGAAAAGGACAGCAACACAAAGAUCAAAACAGACAUGGUCUUGGUCAUGUGCAAGAAGCAGACAGCAAAGAAGUGGGAGUUCCUAACAUCAGUGGAAAAACAAUCUAAAGAGAAAGAUAAACCCCCUGCUGGUGAGAAUGCAGACCCCAGCGACGGCCUGAUGACCAUGCUGAAGAAGAUUUACGAAGACGGGGAUGAUGACAUGAAAAGAACCAUCAACAAAGCCUGGUCAGAGUCCCAGGAGAAGAAGAUAAGAGGGGAAGACAUGAUGAACUUGUAGAUGUUGCUGCUUUUCAUAGCAGGACCAAACAAGAGCCAUGCUGGCUACAAGAGGCAUGACUUUAAUCUUAGAAACUAAAAUGAACAGAACCCAUUUAAAAGAAAAUGAAUGAAGAAUCCUAAAUGGCCUUAUUUUUUGCCCUGCUUAAAAAAAACCCUGGCAGGUACUGAUUAGUUAGUCCUGGACCAUAAUGCACAAUUUAUAUCACGUAUAAAUUAGUAUAGCAGUAUAGCCUUCCUUCCGGGCAUAGGAAUCUAAUGUCUUGUUGACAUCAAAUCUGAUAUUCAAGAUUAAAUCUGGCCCAUAUUCCAGUCAAUAUUGACAUCUAGAGGGCUCUGUAUUUUAUUUAUUUUUAUUUCCACAUCCAAUUUUUCAUUAUCAUUCCUUAAAAAAUCAAAUGAUGGCUGCAAGGAUGGUGGUACACUUGCAUCAGCGUAAUAAUUAACAUUGCAACAUGCAUCUGUGCUUCAAAUGUUAGGGUCAUUUCUGUGUAGUUCUUUAAGAUGACCAUUUUGCAUUUAUGUACAGUUGAAGUUUCCUGAUGUAACUUUAAAAUAUGGCAGCAAUGUUCACAUGGUGACUUUUUUUCCCAAGAACAUUGUGAAAAUGUAUUGGAUUUUGUUGAUUAUUUGGCUAUUGUCAUCUUUUGUCAUCCUCAGGUUGUUCAUGAACUUCCAAAAAUAUAUAAUGAUUGAAUUAAAA